AUGAACACAACAGCGAAUGGAUCGAACCUUUGGGUAUGUAGCAGUCUGAUAAACGCAUCGGCGUUGAAAAUUGGGCAAACCAUUGGUUAUAGUCUGAUCCUUGGCUUUUCCCUUUUCGGAAAUUCGAUCAUCGGAUUAACUGUUUAUAAAACGCCAACCUUAAGGAAACCCAUAAAUUAUUUGAUCGCAAACAUGGCCAUAUCAGACAUGCUGUUUCCAUUUUUCAAGACUCCUCUGCGUCUUGCAGAGAUCAGUUCUGGCGGCUCUUGGCCUACUGGUGGUCUUCUUGGCCAAGCCUUGUGCAAACUUGCUCUCUACUUAACCCACGUCUCCUUCGGUGUGUCGAGUCAAAGCCUAGUUCUGAUAGCACUUGAUCGCUAUGUCGCCGUGGUAUUCCCACUUCGUUCUCCAUUCAUUAGUCGCAAAUUGUUUCCCUUCUUCAUUCUCGCUACUUGGGUUGUUGCCUUGGCUUUUUUUGCGCCAUAUAUGAUCGUCGCAAAAAUUGAUGAAGGCACGCAGGGGACUUCUUGUUACUUGUUACUUGUUACUUCUUGUUACUUUGAUUGGUAUGGAACCUUCGAAGAAUCCUGGCCCAUUGAGAAUCACUACAUCAGUAGUGUUCACAACGUUUAG